AAAACGUUAACAUCUUUCAAAAUGAAAUUCCUGUUGGUUGUAUUCGUUGCGCUAUUUGCAUUGGCUUCAGCCCAAUUCGGUUAUGGUGGAUUUGGUGGUGGAUUCGGUGGUGGAUUCGGUGAGCAACAACAACAACAACAACAGGGAGGAUUUGGAGGCUUUGGUGGCUUCGAGCAACAACAACAACAACAGGAAGGAUUUGGCGGCUUUGGUGGCUUUGGUGGACAACAGCAGCAGCAACAGGAAUACUUUGGAUAAAAAACUAUUCAAAGAAAUUCUGAAUAUUGAUAUAAGUCCUACUACCUAUUAAGUAAAG